AUGUGGACUGUGCACGAAGAUGAGUACAAGAGCACCGACGUCAAAGCUCCCGGAGUUCUUCAAGGCGGGUGGAAUGUUGAUGACGACAAGACAGCGAAACCGAUAGGCAUCUACACGAAAAGUUCUCAGGUAUUCGCCACACCCUCCAUGACUCCUACUGACCCCACGCCACUGAAUAAACACAAACAUAACUCAAAAAUAUCUUGGACGCGUACUCACACACCUGUUAGUUUUCCUGUAUCAAACAACCUGUUUAGUUCGCCUCAAGCCGCAACUUCUGCUCCGCCAAGUAUAAUGCGAGUUGAUGCCCCACCGUUUGAGCCGUCGCCGAAGAACGUGGCUGCAACCGUGUCGUAUGCUGCUUUAUCGCCCAUGGGAAAGCGGGGGAUGACACCCACACAGAUACUGAAAGUCAAUGCUCCUGGGAAUAGCAACCCACACAUGCUCAUGACGAUGGAAGAUGUUGUGAGCAGAGAGAAAGACAGGGGUGCUGCGAAUUACAUGGAAUGGAAUGGUCAUAUCGUUAACCCGCCCCAUCCACAGGUACCUGUACGCGGGUGCAAUGCCAACGCUACUCCGGAAGGCUUGCGGGGUUCCGUGUAUGAGAUAGCAAAAGAUCAACAUGGAUGUCGAUUUCUUCAGCGUUUAUUAGGAGGACCAAACGGGGAUGGGGAAAUUGUCCGUGUUAUUAUGAACGAAAUUGUCCCACAUGUGGCGGAGCUGAUGACAGAUCAAUAUGCCAAUUUUCUUAUCCAGAAACUCUUUGACAUUAUGCCUCAGGAGCUGCGUUACAAUGUCGCGCGCGUUGCAGCUCCCAAACUUAUAUCCAUAGCCCUAACACCGCAUGGAACAUUCAGUGUGCAGAAAAUGGUUGAAACCAUUUCCUCACGUGAGGAGAUAGAUAUUCUUCGGGAAGCUCUGUCAAAAGAUGUUGUUCGCUUGAUAAAGGAUGCACAUGGAAAUCAUGUCAUUCAGAAGGUGUUGCAACGGUUCAGUUACGCGGAUAAAGACUUUAUUUAUGCGGCGAUUGGGUCAGACUGCAUUUGUAUUGCAAAGAACAAGCAGGGAUGCUGUGUGCUCCAGCGUUGUCUUGAGUAUGCGUCUGCUUCCCAAAAGGCAACGCUAGUGGACCAGAUUAUUCGCUGCUGCCUUCAGAUAGCUGAGGAUCCUUUUGGGAACUAUGUUCUUCAGUACGUUCUGGAGUUUAAGGACAGUAAAACGACAGACACGAUUGCAAUUGCAUUUCUUCCACACUUAGUUCAACUUUGCAUGAAUAAAUUUAGCUCCAAUGUGAUCGAGAAAGUGUUGCGUGGAGCCUCACAGUCUGUGCAAGAGAUGUACGUAGAAACCAUGUGUUCCCCCAAUGUUGUUUCUCGACUUAUUCAGGACGAUUACGGUAACUACGUGCUUCAAACCGCCCUUACUAUAUGUUCGGCGGCCCAGGCAGAGUCACUUGUCUCCGCAGUUCGCCCUCUUAUGCCCACCAUUAGAAAUGCUCCAUAUGCGAAGAAGUUGGAGGGGAAACUUGAUGAUCUUGUUCAAAGGACUGCUGGUAUCGACCGUGUUUCUGCUGUUGAAUACGAUAGCAACCACCAGGAGGACAUGAUGGGGCAGAGCUACGAGUUGCUGUCAUCGCAGCAUGACCACUAG